CCGGACGUGUUCGCCAUGCGGGUGCUGCUGGAGGAGACGGCGGAGCUGUUCCGCGUGACCAACUGCCGCAGCGACAUGACCGUGCGGGAGCUCAAGGAGGAGCUGGACCUGCUGGCCGGAAUCCCCUUCAACCUCCAGCGGCUGCAGUACCUGGACCAAGGAGUUUUGAUGGAUGAUACUACACUCAAGUUCCAUGAUGUUGUUCCUGGUGGUAUUAUUUCAUUAUGUGUCUGGCAUUAUGAUGGAUGGACCGAACUGAUUUUGGCGGCUGUGGAAGGGGAUCCCAGUAAGCUGUCUGUCCUGGGUGUCACUGAAGAUUGUUGCUACCGAACUGCAAACUCACAACAUUUUGAUGACCUUGAGUGGAAGAAAUGGGUAUCUCAGAGAGCGUUUGUGGCAUUGUAUAUCACCGCACACAGAGGCCACUUGGAUGCUGUGCAGUACCUUCUAGAACACGGAGCCAGUUGUCUCAGCAGGUCCCCCGUGGGCAGGACACCCCUGCACGUGGCUUCAGCCAUGGGCCGGUCGGAUUGUAUAAAGCUCCUGCUCAACUAUGGGGCCUCCAUCCAUGACAAAGAUGCCAAGGGGGAGACCCCCAUUUCCAUAGCCCGCCGCCUGCAGGGUGGGCACGGCGAGCGGAGAAUGAUACUGUUCUACUGGAUGGCCAAGUUGGGGGUGAAGCAACCGGUGGACCUGGUCCCCAACGAGGCUUUUCAGAAAGUAAAACAUGGGUUCGGCUCCAAGAAGAAGGGCAAAAUUUAGCCCCCCCUGGGAAUGUUUGCAUAUCAAAGCUGACUUGAGUAACUUUUCAGAGUUCAAAUCUAUCGCU